CGUGGACGGACCGUUUCCAUAUCUCUUUAUAUCUGAACGCUUGUCUCCUGAUACAGUCAGUUUCUUUGCCGGAGAGGGCAUCCAUCGUCAUGAGUGGUCCUGCAAUUGGAUCCAGUCAAGUACCAAGUGGCACCUCUCACACCGAACCGUCCACACCGGUGAAUAAGCCAGCGGGAGACGGCGAUGUGCAGAUGAACGGAACGGCCAACGGGACCGCGCCGCCCGUCAAUGGGACAGCAGAAGGAGGAGAAGGGUCUGGGCCAGCCGAAGGACAGGUCGAUAAUGCUCAACUGUUCGCAGAGAGAAGAGCGGAAGAGCUAGCUAGGAGAGACAGGAGUCUGGCCGAAUUCUUAGUGAUGUUGGACGGGUACAAGCCGUUGAUCCCGGAGGAAGUGACAGAGUACUAUCUUCAACGAGCAGGUUUCGACUGUUCAGACCCGCGGUUAAAACGUCUCUUGUCUCUUUCAGCUCAAAAAUUCAUAUCGGACCUAUCGCGAGAUGCGUUCCACUUUGCAAAGCUUCGAGUCAAUGGAACUGCAGCAGGUCGAGGUAGACCAGCCGCGGGUCAGGACCGUAAUAGAGUCGUCUUGACGAUGGAUGACCUCAGCUUAGCCCUGGCCGAACACGGUGUCAAUGCGAAGAAGCCAGACUAUUAUCUAUGAUCAAUCCAUUGAGUGUCUUCAUGUUGUA